AUGGAGGCGAUGUUGAGAUCCAUUUUGGAUGACAUCUUAGAAUCCAAACUGACGGCCAUCUUGUCAUCCAUCUUGGACGCAAAGCUGAAGACUUAUGAGGAAUCGAUGAACUUCUAUAAUACAAAAUUUGAAUCAAUGAAAGGAAAGAUGGAAGGCUUGGAAGAACAAACGAAGACUUUAGCUCAAGAAAACGGGCGCCUGAGAAGUGAUUCUGCUAAAAGUGGAAGAAAGAGAUCAGCGAUUUACGUUCUGCCAUAGACGAACAAGCUCAAUACGCGUGA